CCCAGGUGUGGAGGCGAUCCUUUGAAGAUGUGUCCUGCAGCCCUCCCCUGGUGAUCAAUGACAGGAGCCCAGAGUCCUGCUUUAGCCAAAUGACAAGCUUGGCCUCUUUUAUGAGGAAAGAAACUCCUUAUUGGAAACCAAAUUAAAAAUUAAUUAGCAGCUUCUUCUGGGGCUGGGUAUAAACAUCAACAUCCAUGAUGACUUUCUAGCAGGAGCCCCCUCACUCCAAGGGUAUAAAAAGGCCCAAGCAGGAUGCGGUCUUGUAGACACUGGUGAUCCAGGUCACUGCAGCUGAGGAGAAGGGGCCUCCCCAACAUGACAUCCACCUGCUCACCGGCCUCCACCAAGAGCUGCCCCCGGCCCUCCUCUGUGUGCUCCGGCAGCAAGAGCUGCCGGCCUGAGCUGUGCCUGGGUUAUGUCUGCCAGCCCGUGACAUGCAUGCCUUCCGUCUGCAUGCCCACCACCUACCGGCCGGCCAGCUGCCUUUCCAAGACGUACCUCUCCAGCUCCUGCCAGCCCAGCAGCUGCCGGCCAACCAGUGGCAUCUCCAGCUCCCUGGGUACCUGCAGCUGGUACUGUGAAGGGACCUUCAAUGGCAACGAGAAGGAGACCAUGCAGUUCCUGAACGACCGCCUGGCCAACUACCUGGAGAAGGUGCGCCAGCUGGAGCGGGAGAAUGCAGAACUGGAGAGCAAGAUCCAAGAGGCCUGCCAAUCUCAGGUGGUCACCAUGUGUCCUGACUACCAGUCUUACUUCCGGACCAUUGAGGAGCUCCAGCAGAAGGUUCUGUGCACCAAGGCAGAGAAUGCCAGGAUGGUUGUGCACAUUGAUAAUGCCAAGCUGGCUGCUGAUGACUUCAGGACCAAGUCCGAGACGGAGCUGGCCAUGCGGCAGCUGGUGGAAGCCGACACUAACGGCCUGCGCAGGAUCCUGGAUGAGCUGACCCUGUGCAAAGCUGACCUGGAGAUGCAGGUGGAGUCCCUGAAGGAGGAGCUGCUCUGCCUCAAGAAGAACCACGAGGAGGAAGUCAGCGCCCUUCGAUGCCAGCUUGGGGACCACCUUAACAUUGAGGUGGAUGCCGCGCCCCCUGUGGACCUGAACAGGAUGCUGGAAGAGAUGCGGUGUCAGUAUGAGACGGUGGUGGAGACCAACCGCAGGGAUGUGGAGGAAUGGUUCAACACGCAGAUGGAGGAGCUUAACCAGCAGGUGGCCACGAGCUCUGAGCAGCUUCAGAGCUACCAGUCGGACAUCAUUGAUCUGAGACGAACGGUCAACACGUUGGAGAUUGAGCUGCAGGCCCAGCACAGCCUGAGGGACUCUCUGGAAAAUACCCUGGCAGAGACCGAGGCCCGCUACGGCUCCCAGCUGGCCCAGAUGCAGAGUCUGAUCAGCAACGUGGAGGCCCAGCUGGCCAACAUCCGCUGCGACCUGGAGCGGCAGAACCAGGAGUACCAGGUGCUGCUUGACAUCCGGGCCCGGCUGGAGGGCGAGAUCAACACGUACCGGGGCCUGCUGGAGAGCGAGGACUGCAAGUUGCCCUGUAACCCGUGCUCCAUGCCGUCCUGUCCCCCUUGUGCGCCCUCCCCCAGUGUGCCCCGCAGUGUGGUGCCAUGUACUGUCGUCGGUGUACCUUGUAUUACCUGCCCUCCCGGCCGCUACUGAAGUUCCUCAGCACCGGUGGAUCCUGGAGGGACCAGAGCUGGGCGGCUGGUGCCUCCUCAGGAUGAGCCUGACCACGGGUGGGUGGCCGCCAAGACAGCAGGGUCCGCCCGGGCCAGCAAGGAACCAGGCACCACGUGCGGCGGUACCAGGAGGAGGGCCGUCCGCAAUGCGCCUGCAUCCUGCAGGGGGCGCCCUAGCCCCCACCGCUUAGCGCCUGCUCGGCUCACUUCCCAGGCAAAUCGCUCUCUUUGCUGAUGCUUCUGGUUGUCUCCGCUGCUUCAGGAGCACGUGUUCCGAGUUACCUGGAAAAUAAAGCCUCAUUUGGUGGUCCUGCAAAGA